CCCCCCACUCCCCUCCCCACGUUACCCCGCAAUUACACAUGGCUUCCUUGUCGAUUGAUGCCGCCGCGACCUUUCUGGGCAUAGCCAAGAGGCGGAGGCCACCAAUCAGUAGCCUACGCACCCUUUUUCCUCGAAGCAUAUGGAGAAGGGACGAGUCCCAGAGCAGCAGUUCACUGAUCACUUCCUCAUCAUUCCUUCGUUCAAGAAUCAUCUCUGCUGCCACUAUCAGUUAUUCCCCUAAGUCUAGGCGUUUUUCCCGGAGCUUCACUUCCUGUUCAGCCACAACCUCCAAUCUGCAAAGCGAAGAUUCUGACAUAUUGACCAAUAUCAAGCCAGAUAAUCGCAUUCCUGCUACCAUUAUCACCGGAUUUCUAGGUUCUGGAAAGACCACUUUGCUAAACCACAUAUUGACGGCUAAUCACGGAAAGCGCAUUGCGGUUAUUGAGAAUGAGUAUGGUGAAGUGGAUAUUGAUGGCUCUUUGGUUGCUGCAAAAAGUGCUGGAGCCGAAGACAUUGUGAUGCUUAACAAUGGAUGUUUAUGUUGCACCGUGAGGGGCGAUCUUGUUAGAAUGAUCUUGGAAUUAGUUAGUAAGAAGAAAGGGAGAUUUGAUCAUAUUGUAAUAGAAACAACAGGAUUGGCAAAUCCAGCACCAAUUAUUCAGACUUUCUAUGCCGAGGAUCAAGUCUUCAAUGAUGUUAAAUUGGAUGGGGUUGUAACUUUGGUUGACGCCAAACAUGCUGGUUUUCACCUGGAUGAAAUUAAGCCAAAGGGAGUGGUAAAUGAAGCUGUGCAGCAAAUUGCAUAUGCUGACCGUAUCAUAGUGAACAAGACAGAUCUGGUUGGGGAUGCAGACAUGUCUUCCUUGAUUGAACGCAUUAGGAGAAUAAACCAAAUGGCGCACCUGAAGAGGACACAGUAUGGAAAAGUUGAUUUAGAUUAUGUGCUUGGAAUUGGAGGCUUUGAUUUGGAAAGAAUUGAAAGUGAUAUUGACAUGGAAAGAUCUAAGGAAGAUCAUGACCACCAUCAUGACCAUGAGCAUGACCACCAUCAUGACCGUGAUCACGAUCAUCAUCAUUCACACGAACAUCAUCCUCAUAGCCAUACUCAUGAUCCUGGUGUUUCUUCUGUAAGCAUCGUUUGUGAUGGCUUCCUGGAUCUUGAGAAGGCCAACAUUUGGCUGGGAACAUUAUUGAUGGAAAGGAGUGAAGAUAUAUAUCGGAUGAAAGGUCUUUUAUGUGUCCAGGGAAUGGAUGAAAGAUUCCUCUUUCAGGGAGUACACGACAUAUUCCAAGGCUCCCCAGACAGGCCAUGGCUUCCUGAUGAACCUAGGACAAACAAGAUUGUUUUUAUUGGAAAGAACUUGGACGAGAAAGAGCUAGAGAAGGGUUUCAAGGCGUGCCUGCUAUAAUGUGCAUCCGUCCCCCAUUAACCAUUUCCAGGAAGGCUAAUGAAAAGUGAGGAGACUUUAAUUACCCAUUUACUAUAUUUGACAGAAAUUUUUGGAACUUCGUAUCAAUAAAUUAUAUUUUUGUUGCAUUUUUUUUCAUUAACCCCAUUAAUGUCUAUUUGGUGUUUUCCCCUUUUCCUCCUACAUCAAGCUGCUUUAAUGAUGAUAAGUGUAGGACUUACAUGCUUACUAAGAUCACAAAACAAUUGUUUCCUAAUGUUGAAAGGAAUUCGGCUAUUUUGGAUCUUGUACAUAGUGAUCCAUGUUAUUUUCACUCAACUCCUUCCCUUGGCAAUAAAAAGUAUGUUGCUACUUU